UCUACAAGCGACUUCGGAGACUACGCGCGUGUCUGUCGUUCCGCGCGGGAGCAUGAGGACUCUGGGUUUCUGUGGAGACUGGCUCGUGACCAGCUGCGGCACGAAGCUCGUGGCGGUUCACACCAAGGAGGACAGGGAGGCGUUUGUGUUCGACUGCAGCCUCGCUGAGAAGAGGCCCAAACAGACGAAGGGCGAUGACACCAGUGACGGGGCGGAGGAAACGGGAAACGAUGAGGUGCUCGCCUUCGCUGCGUCUGCAUCUGGAAGGUUGCUGGCGCUGACUGAUGACACCAAGAGGCUGGUUCUGUUUGGCUGCGAGCCUUCGUGGACCUGCAUCAGCACCAGGUGGGUGGUCAGGAGGUGCACGGCGCUGACCUUCAGCCAGGCCGAAGACGAGCUGCUGGUGGCGGACAAGUCUGGAGACGUCUACAGCUUCUCGGUGGCGGCGGCGCAGAGAGACGGCGAGCUCAAGCUGGGUCACCUGUCCAUGCUGCUGGCUGUGGUCAUUUCUCCAGACGACCGGUUCAUCAUCACCGCCGACCGCGACGAGAAGAUCCGGGUGAGCCAUCGCAGGUCUCCCUACAACAUCCAGGCCUUCUGCCUCGGCCAUCACCAGACGGGACCGUGAAGCUGUGGGAGUUCGAGUCCGGCCGUCAGCUGCAGAGCUGGGAGCUCCAGGAGGACGGGUCUGCAGCCGAACAGAACCAGGACCAUCCUGCUCCAGAACAGAAUGCAGCGGUUUGCCGUGUCACCAGCUCCCCGGAUGCUCGCCACGUGGCCGUUCUGUGUGAAAGAGACUCCGGCCGUCAUUUGUUCCGUCUGGACUCGGACGGAGGGUCCGGUCUGGGCCCGCCCCGCGUGCUACCCCUCCCCCGCUCCCCUCUGGACGUGAGCUUCGACCGUGACGGCCGGCUGUGGGUUCUGAUGGACUCCUGUGAAGACCCGGUCCAAGUGUUCUGCUGCAGACAGAGCGGCUGGCAGAGCCUCGGGGGGGGUCCUGACCUCAGCCGAGUGACGGAGCGUCUGAAGUCCCACUGGACCCCGGCUGAAGCGUCCAGGAGCUUCCAGCACCUGUUCAAGGUGAGCUACGACAACGUGACGUCGUACCUGCAGAAGAAGCAGCAGCGGCUGGAGGAGCAGCUGAAGAGGAGAGCGGCGCAGGAGGAGAACGGCGGGAAAAAGUCCAGGAGGGAGGAGUCCGGGCCCGAGCACCGGACCGACCCGGACAGCGUUUGAGCGGGACGCGUCCCGGUUUCCUUCAGAACAAAUGAAAGCUUCCUGCUGGGGCUGAACCUGGACCAGUUCCAGAACCACAGGAGGGUCUGAGGACUUCUUUAGCCGACCCGGUCCAGACCCGGUACCAAGCUCUCAGAGGAAGUCUGCAGGAACUCUCCUGAUGGAUCUUCUCGAGUCUUCAUUUAGUUUUUUUAUUCAUGAACGUCGUGGAACGGUUCCAUGAAGCUCCAGAGUUUCACUCCUAGAAACAGAAACCCGUUUCUGCUGACAGAACCCUUCCAGAACCAGAACCUUGUAUGCGAGAGGAGCUCUUUGAUGCAUCUGUGAUCAUUAGAACUUUGUUUCAUGAUUGAAGGAUCAGAGAAUCAUUUCUUCACCUGAACUUUUGUUUUGAAACACAACAAUAAAGUCCCGCCCACACCUGU